AUGCAGAUCGACUACCAUAUUACAAACGUGGAUCGAUCGAAGCCCAUGGAGGUGAAUGAGAAAGUAGAAGCGGGAUUGGAGUGUAAUGCACAGAUUAAGGCAAUUGACUGGAAUUGUGAUGGUUCUCUACUUGCAUUCGGUGGAAAAGACAAAGCAAUCACAAUCUGGAAUCCCAAACACACAACUAAGCCUGAAUAUUCGUAUUCUGUAAAUAACACAGUCCUACAAAUCAAGUGGAGUCCAAUAGACAAGAAUGUGAUAGCAUGUACCAUGGAAAGGGACACUCUCAAGAUUUGGGAUGUCAAAAACGAGAAGUUCUCAUUCACAAUUACGCUGACGGGCUACCCAGAUCACAUGUGUUGGUCUCCCGAUGGAUCUUAUAUCACUGUUCUGAACGAUGUUUGUUUCGUGCUGGAAGUCACUAUGGUAGAAAGGCACCCUGUUCAUGGUGGACGCUAA